CGUAUCUAAAUUAAGUCCCAUCUUUAAACCCACAAAUUCAUAGUUACGCAUCAAAAAUGGCGCACAACGAUGAACAAGAUCGAGAAACCAAAAGAUUCCACUACCCACUCGACCCUAAUAGCUACCAGAUCCUCCAAGAGAUAGGGAGAGGAUGUAGCGCCAUAGUCUAUAAAGCCCUAUGCACCACCACCUCCACCGUGGUUGCUAUCAAAUCCAUUGACCUCGACCGAUCAACCACGGAUGAUUUCGAAAAUAUCCGCCGGGAAGCCAAAACAAUGUCCCUUCUAUCUCAUCCAAACGUUCUCAAAGCCCACUGCUCUUUCACAGUCGCCAGUCGUCUGUGGGUGGUGAUGCCUUUCAUGUCCGCAGGCUCUCUGCAAUCCAUCAUAACCUCUUCUUUCCCUAACGGCAUUUCAGAGAAUUGUAUUUCGAUAAUCCUUAAAGAAACUCUAAUGGGUCUACGUUAUCUUCACGAUCAAGGCCAUCUUCAUAGAGACAUCAAAGCUGGGAAUAUUUUAAUGGAUUCAAAUGGAUCGAUCAAGUUAGCAGAUUUCGGUGUUUCAGCGUUUGUUUACGAAUCAAGUUCUCGUUGUCUUAUGCUUAAAGAAAUCACAGGAACGCCUUACUGGAUGGCACCUGAAGUUAUUCAUUCACACAAUGGGUAUAGCUACAAAGCUGAUAUAUGGUCAUUUGGGAUCACUGCACUGGAAUUAGCACACGGAAGACCUCCACUAUCGCACCUUCCAUUCUCAGAAUCUUUAGCAAUGAAGAUAACAAAAGGUAUACGAUUUUCACAUUACCAGAAAGAAGAAGAAAAAGUGCUCAAGAACACGAAGUUAUCAAAAUAUUUCAAGGACAUGGUGGGAUUAUGUCUGAAUCAAGAUCCUUUAAAACGCCCUACAGCAGAGAAACUGUUGAAGCAUUAUUUCUUCAAAAACAGUAAAGGGUGUGAUUUUCUGGUGAAGAAUUUGCUGCAGGGAUUGCCUUCUGUGGAACGUAGGUUUAAAGAAAGUAAGUUUGAAAGAGUUGGAUCAAUGAGCAAAGAACAAAUGGAAGACGAUAACGAUGAAGAGGUAGAAGACUUUUUGCUUGGGAAUAAUGUGAAGAAAAUCCGAAGGAUUAGUGGGUGGAACUUCAAUGUGGAGGCUUGUGAGCUGGAUCCUGUGUUUCCAGUUGGGGAUACAAGUUACAGAUCGAAGAGCUUGGAUGAAGGUCAGCAUAUGAACGCGAAUCCUCAAAAAGAUGUAUUUGCUAAACAAAUUACAUUUGGAGGAGAAAGUGUGAUUUCUGAAACGAGAGGGGAGUUAGAUGGAAAUAAAGAAAGUUUACCUAAUGUUGUGACCAAUGAUGGUGGUGGCGGUGAGGAGGAGGUUGAUAUUGUUGGUGGGAGUAGUGGUGUUGAUAGAGAAGUUGUCGUGGGGAGUUUGAUGUCAUUAAAGAGGAGUUUGGACGAUCAAAAAGAGAAGGUGGUGUAUAUGCUUUCGAUGGUCGGAGCUGAAGAAACUAUAUGUAGUGGUGGUGAACAUGAUAGUAGUGAAGAUUCAUUAAUGCAAAUGAUAGAGAAGUUAAGACUGGAGUUGGAUAAUGAAAAGAGAAAGAGAUCUAGUUUGGAAAUGGAGUUGGAGUUUUUAAAGUUGCACAUAACUAGUAACUCUGAUGUCUAAGCUACGAAACGUGGAAGGUGCUAUGAAUCUGACUAAGCUCUUCAGGAAGAUCCAAUCCAUAAGCAACUUUGUCAACCCUAGCAAUAACGCGGAUCACACAUUUCCAAUGUGAGACCUUCAGCAAUACCUUUGACCCAACUUCCCCAUUUUCAUGAAGUGAAUCACACAUUUUCAAGGUGAGACCUUCAGCAACACCAUGUCGCCGACCUAAAGCUCCAACUCAAAUCAACAUCGGUCGACAUAGCUCUUCUGCCAACAAUGAGCAGUCUGCAAUCUCUACCUGAUCUGCUAGAUCAUCUCUAUAGUCUGAAGGACCAUCUCGGUUCGUCCCAUAACCCUGUAACCAACCUCGCCCCAACAGACUGGGGUACGACAUCUCCGCCCAUACAAGAGCUCAAAAGGCGGAGCACCAAUGCUGGAGUGGAAGUUGUUGUUGUAGGAGAACUUUGUUAGAGGCAGGUAGGAGUCUGAACUCCUACCAAAAUCAAUGACACAUGCUCGCAACAUAUCCUCAAGAGUCUGUAUUGUCCGCUCACUCUAGCCAUUGGUCUGCGGAUGAUAAGUUGUGCUGAAAUGCAACUGCGUACCCAUUUCCUCAUGGAACUUCUACCAAAAUCGAGAGGUGAACCGAAAAUCACGGUCGGAAACAAUGGAGGCCAGAACUCCAUGGCGAGCAACGAUCUCACGAAUAUAUGCAUUGACUAACUUCUUGGCCGAAGAACUCCCCCGAGUCGCCUGAAAAUGGGCACUCUUUUUCAAUCGAUCCACGAUGACCCAAAUAGCAUCAAAACCCUUUGUCGUCUUUGGCAGCUUGGUGAUGAAGUCCAUCGAAAUAUGUUCCCAUUUCCACAUGGGAACCUCCUGAGGCUGCAGCUUGCCAUGCGGCCUCUAAUGUCCGGCCUUGACCAUCCUGCAAGUCAAGCACCUCUCCACGUACCAGGCGAUCUCCCUCUUCAUACACGGCCACCAAUAGCUCAAUCUCAUAUCCUGAUACAUAUUGGUGGCCCCCGGAUGAAUAGAAAAACGAUACUUAUGAGCCUCCUCCAGUAUAAUUUUCCUGACCCCACCAGACAUAGGAACCCAAACCCGACCACAACGGGUCAACAAACCACGACUGUUCGGAACAAAUCUGGUGAUUUCACCCCUGAUCCUCUCAAUCAUCCAAUUCUCUUCCCGAACACCCUCGGCCUGAGCCUCCCUAAUCAAUCCCAAGAGUGGAGAAUCUAGCGACAUCCUCAUGCAUGACACCCCAUUAGAAGGUCCGGUCGACUUGCGUCUCAAGGCAUCCGCCACCACAUUCACUUUACCCGGAUGGUAAAGGAUCUCACAGUCAUAAUCCUUGACUACGUUCAGCCACCUGCGCUGCCUCAUGUUCAGGUUUGGCUGAUCCAUAGUGUGUCUCAAACACUUGUGAUCCAUUUAGAUGGUACAGUGGACCCCAUACGUAUAAUUUCUCCAAAUCUUGAGGGCAAAGAAUACUGCCCCCAACUCCAGAUCAUGCAUGGGAUAUCUCGUCUCAUGCGGCUUCAGCUCUCGUGAAGCAUAAGCUAUCACCCGUCCCCUCUGCAUGAGGACCGCCCCUAAACCAAUGAUAGAAGCAUCACAGAACACCAUGAAAUCCUCAAUUCCUUUUGGGAAGGUCAAAACUGGGGCCUCACAUAAUCUUUGUCGAAGGUUCUCGAAUGUCAUAUGCUGCUCAGGGCCCCACCGGAAAUCCACCCCCUUCCUCGUCAAACGAGUGAGCGGUAAUGCAAUCUUGGAGAAAUCAUGAAUGAAUCUUCGGUAGUACCGUGCCAAUCCCAAGAAACUCCUGAUAUCCGAACGAGAUUUCGGAACCUCCCACUGCAUCACCGCCUCGAUCUUGGCCGUAUCGACCAAAAUCUCAUCCCGAUUAACAAGGUGUCCAAGGAACUGAACCUCUCAUAACCAAAACUCGCACUUUGAGAACUUAGCAUAAAGUCGUUCUCGCCUCAAAACCCCCAAGAGCUCGCGGAGAUGCUCCUCAUGCUGCUCUAUGGUCUUGGAAUAUACCAAGAUAUCAUGAAUAAACAUGAUCACCGAGCAUUCGAGCAUCGACCUACAUGCCCGAUUCAUCAAAUCCAUGAAUACUGCAGGUGCAUUGGUGAGCCCAAAUGGCAUCACCACGAACUCGUAAUGCCUAUAACGAGACUAAAACGCGAUCUUCUCCACGUCCUCCUCCCUCACCCUGACCUGAUGAUACCCGAGCCUCAGAUCUAUCUUUGAGAACCAAGACGCACCUUACAAUUGAUCAAAGAGAUCAUCAAUCUGCCGGAGGGGGUAACGGUUUUUCACCGUUAACUUGUAUAGCUCCCGGUAAUCUAUACACAUCCGGUGUGAAUCAUCCUUCUUCUUGACGAUUAAAAUUGGCGCUCCUAAGGAGAACUACUUCGUCUGAUGAACUGCUUGCCUAGCAGUUCCUGUAACUGAGAUGACAACUCCUGCAUCUCAGGUGGUGCUAAACGGUACUAGGCCGUGGAAAUCGGGGCCGCACCUGGCACGAGGUCAAUCCUGAACUCAACCUGCCUCUCUGGAGGGAAAUCGGGUAACUCCUCCGGAAAUACAUCAGCGAACUCCCUGACGACCGGAACAUCAGCAACCGAUACCUGAUUCCCAACCCGCGUAUCCACCACUUAAGCCAAAUACCCUGAACACCCGUGCUAAAUAUAUUGUCGAGUCCUGGCUGUAGAACAAAACCCUAAACCCAUCCUGGUGCCCUCUCCAUAAAUAACCAGUUCUCCCCCACUUUGGGUUCGAACUACCACGCAUUGGCCAUCGUAAACGAUCAUAGCACCGAAAAGGCUCAGCCAUUCCAUACCCACAAUCAUGCAGACAUCCCCCAUGGGGAUAGGGAUCAAAUCGAUCAGAAAGGAUACUCCAAAGAUCUCCAUAACACAACGGUGAUACACCAAAGAAAUAGAAAACCCGUGUUUGUUGGUGAUAGAAACUUGCAAUUAGCAUUACAACUCCCCUAAGGGCAUAGCAAACUCCCUACUAAAUGACCGAGAAACAAAGGACUGACUCGCACCCGAGUCAAACAACACUAAAGCAGGCACGGAGUUCACUAGGAAUGUACCUACCAAAGGUACAAAUACAUAAGCAUAAUACAAACAUAAUCAAUAAGAUAAGGGAUAGAAGCAUAGCAGUCACAACAUAUGGUACUUCUCUGGCCUCCUCGGUAGUAAGCUGGAAAGCGUGACCACAAGCCCUCUAGGGCUCCGCCCUGCCCUGACUUCCAUCAUUAAUCCCCAAAGUAGCCGGGGCUGGAGCCUACGCCGUCCUAGCAGCGAGCGAUAGACAGUUGGCAUUCACAUGGCCAACCUGGUCGCAAUGAUCAUAAAUCCUGGAACUUAGUGUUGGCGCAUGUUGGCGGUAUGGGUGUGUAUGGGGCGGUUUGGUUCGGUUAUUGGUCAAAACCGAACCAUAACCAUUAUGAUUGGUUAAUGCAUUUUGGUAGCCAUUUGGUAUGGUUAAUAUUGGUUAUGGUUAAUGGUUUUUGUCGGUUAAUGGUUUUGGUUAAUGGUUAAUAUUGGUUAACCAUAAUGUUCAAAAUAAUAUAAAUAACGAAAGUAUAUUGACAUAAAAAAUGAAAACGGAAUACAAAAAAGUCCUCGAUGCCAAUGUUUGUAACCAUGCUUAUAGUAAUAAAAAAAUGUGUACAUUUGAUA